AUGCGCCGCCUGCAGCUCCCGCCCCGCGGCCGCGGUGCCGCGCGGCAUGCUGGGACUUGUAUUCCGUCGGUGGGGGAAGGGGGCAGUUUAGGCGGCGCGGCGGCGACGCCGCGAGACUACAACUUCCAGGAGGGAGGCCUCCCCACGGCCGACGGGGGCUGCCCCGUGCCGCUGCCGUCCGGGGAGAGCGUGCUCGGGAGAGGGCCCCUGCUCGGGAUUACAGAUAAGCGAGUAUCCAGAAAACAUGCCAUCAUGGAAGUGGAGGGUGGCCAGGUUCGCAUCAAGCCGAUUCAUGUAAAUCCAUGCUUUUAUCAGUCCUCUGAGAAUGGCCAACUUCUACCACUGGAGGCACAUGAAUGGCACUCGCUGAAAUUUGGAGAUAGCUUUUCCUUAUUGGUGGACAAAUACAUUUUCAAGGUCCUUUCUGCUCAUACUGCAGAGAGCACAAUAAGCAAAAGUCAGGAGACUAAUGCUGAAGAAACGCCAAGCAUUCACCCUAUUAAAAUGUCUUGUAGUCCAUCUUUAAUUGAACCAUCAUGUUCCAGUUCUGUGAUGCAGGAAAACACAAAAAUAAGAAAAAACAAAAUUACUUCCAGACAUUUGGUGAGUGUGCUGCUUCCUGAUGAUCAUGCACAGUUAAAAUCUGUUCAAAGAAAGAGAGUGCUUCCAUCUUGGAUGCUGGAGGAAGACCUCAUGGUUCAGAGGCUUUCUGACCCUGUAAUAAAAGAAGGCGGUGAAAUGAAAAGAGACCAAGGAGAGGGAAGAAGUGAUAUAGAAUCAUUAAAAACAGAAAUAAAUGUGGAGAAGAGAAAAAGAUUGACUUCUGAAGAAAUUACGGAGAUUUGUAAAGAAGAGCAAUAUGAAGGGAAAAAGGGCUGCCUUUCCAUCACUGUCCCCUCCUCUCAGAGUACAUCUGAAUUUCCUCUUGAGAGAACCACAAGAAACAUGGAAAGAAAUGACAAGACUGACACAAAAAAACAUGGAAUUUCUGUGGAAAAAAAUGAUAGGCAGCAGCAUUAUAAUAGAUGUAAAACAACAAACAGAAUUGAGAAAAUGGAAAAGAAAGAACAGAUUACUGGUUCGACAAGCCAGCAAGCUCGCUGGGGCAGAACUUCUCUGUGCUAUGGUGCUGAGGAAGGGACUCAUGAGUCUGAUGCAAAUUGGGAAUGCAAGCCUGAAACUUCUGGUUCAGCCAGAAGUCUUAAUGCUUCAGAGCGCUCCAAACAGAUGAAGCAUAAGAGGACACCUUGCAUGUAUGGAAGAGCCUGUUACAGGAAGAAUCCUGUUCACUUUGAGCAGUUCAGUCACCCUAAUGAUGAUGACUAUCACGAGAUAGACAUCAUAACUCAACAUAACAGCGAUGACCGGCCUGAAUGUCCUUAUGGAAGUACUUGUUAUAGGAAGAAUCCACAGCACAAGCUAGAAUACAAGCAUAGUGCACCUCCAGGUAAAUCAAGUUGUUCAGUACACUUCGAAGUGAUGGGAGGAAGAAAGAGAGCUUUGGAGGAAGACAGUGACAGUGAUGGUGAACUAAAUAAAUAUGACCUUAAUGACAGCUUUAUAGAUGAUGAUGAAGAGUGUGCAUCGACUGAUGAAGAUUCUGACUGGGAACCAAAUCCGGAAGAAAAGGAUAGUGAAGAUGUUGAAACACUUCUGAAGGAAGCACACAGAUUUGUUAAUGCCAAAAAGUAGCUGUACUGAACAUCUAAAACUCCCU